AUGAAGCCACAAGUUGAAGAAGUCGAAGACGACUACGCUGCUGAGGAGGAGAAUAAGCUGAUAAAUGAGAAAAAUGCUCCAUACCUUUACGAUCUUGUGAUCACUCAUGCGUUGGACUGGCCAAGUUUAACCUGUCAGUGGUUCCCGGACAAAGAAACACCUCCCGGCAAAAACUAUACCGUCCACCGUCUUCUACUCGGUACACACACUUCCGGGCAAGCCCAAGACUAUCUUCAAAUCGCCACUGUCUCUAUUCCGAACCGCGAUAACACACCUCACUCCGAUAAACUUGACCGGGAAAACUACGAUGGAGAACGUGGAGAACUAGGCGGGCAUACCAUUCCGCCUUCGCCACGGAUUCAAAUUACCCAGAAAAUUGCCCAUCCUGGCGAAGUCAAUCGUGCGCGAUACAUGCCUCAAAAUAUCGAGUUACUCGCAACCAAGGCGGUAUCUGGAGAGGUGCUUGUGUUCGAUAGAACAAAGCACCCCAGCGAGCCGGAUCAGGGUGGUGGGUCUAAGCCUAAUAUUAGAUUGAUUGGGCAAAGCAAAGAAGGUUAUGGCUUGGCUUGGAACCCUAACAAGGCUGGACACAUACUGGGCGCGUCGGAAGACAUGACUGUUUGCCAUUGGGAUUGUCAAGCUUACAGCAAAGAGAAUUCAACCAUUCAACCAACAAACACCUUCAUAGGACAUACUUCGGUUGUGGGUGAUGUUGAUUGGCACUCGAAGAAGGAUUAUUUUUUUGCAAGUGUUGGAGACGACAAGAUGCUCAUGCUCUGGGAUACAAGAUCUCCUGGAGGCCCAGUGACAAAGGUGCAAGCCCAUGACCGAGAAAUUCUUGCAGUUGCAUUCAGUCCUGCAAGCGAAGACCUUCUAGUCACAGGAAGCGCAGACAAGACCGCAAUACUGCACGACCUGAGGUCUCCCAACAGAAAACUGCACUCUUUUGAAUCACAUACGGACGAGGUUCUCCACCUUGCCUGGUCACCACACAAUCCUACCAUCUUUGCCUCCGCAUCGAGUGACCGCCGGAUAAACAUUUGGGAUUUGUCGCUCAUCGGACAGGAACAAACACCAGAUGAUCAAGAGGAUGGACCACCGGAAUUGCUUUUCGUUCACGGAGGACACACCGCUCGACCAACCGACUUUUGCUGGGCACCAGAAGAAAUGGAGAACUGGACAGCUGCCAGCGCGUCGGAGGACAACGUCGUCAUGGUGUGGCAGCCCACUAUGCGUGUAUGGGCUGGAGAACAAGUCAAAAUCGACGUAAAGGAGUUGGAGGACGAUGCUAUGGAAGGUGUUGAGGCUACGAAUGAGCCAGGCGCUAGUGGUUCUAAAUCAAACUCAAGUGUCAGCGCUUCAGGUGCAGAUGACUGA